CCUAAAUGUAAGCAAAUUAAUCUCAAGUUUUCGAUAUUGAAAUGAGUUUUUAAUUUUUGUGAUCUGAGCUGUAUUUGUGCACAAAAUUGUUUGCAAUGGGUAACAUUUUUGCUGCUAGCACACCUCCUCAAGACUUUGGAACCAUUACUAUCCCUUCUGAUCCAUCUCCAGAAGAGAAACUAGGUAAUCCUGGAUCAUUGCAAAACUUACAUAAGGAGACUGAAGACAUCUUCCCAAAUGUGUUUGAUGGUGCUCGGUUUACACAAAACAUGCCUUUCAGCAAUAAUUUCCUAAUUUCGCAUAAAAUCAAUCUCUACUCACAAAAACCUGGAUCAUACCGUUUAGGUGCAACAUAUGCAGGUCCAAAUGUGGUAGCUCCUGGAGAAGCAUAUCCUUUAUUGAUGGCGGAGAUUGACCCAAGCGGAGUGCAAAAUGCCCUUGUUCUCCAUCAGUUUGGGAGUAGAGUAAAGUUUAGAUUUGAUGCACAGAUGUUUCAAACAAAGUUCUCUGUUGCUAAUACACAGGUUGAAUACAAAGCCGACAAUUGGACUUCCUUGAUUCAAGUAGUCAAUCUUAAACCGUUGAGCGGCAUUUCAGUUUUACUCACGGGUCAGUUUCUUCAGAAAAUCACUCCUAGCUUAGCUGUGGGAUCAGAAUUACAAAUUCAAAGGAUGAGACAAAUACCUGGGGGACAACUAGCGCUGUUCUCUCUGUCUGCGAAGUACAUAGGAGCUGACUACAUAUGCAGUGGAACUCUCGGUACAAAUGGCCUCACAAUGUGCUACUCACAGAAGGCUAGUGAUCAACUACGUGUCGGGGUUAAGGUGCAGACUGACUUGUUAAUGCAACAAUCAGUGGCAGCAAUCGGUUACCAUGCUGACCUGCCCAAAAUCAACCUACAGUUAAGAGCAAGUUUUGACACCAACUGGAUUUCUUCAGCAGUUCUAGAAAGGAGACUAGUGCCUUUGCCGGUCACACUUAGAUUAAGUGGAAGUUUGAAUCAUCGAGACAAUAGAUUUACAUUAGGAGUUGGAUUUGCAAUUGAGUGAUCACUGUUAUAUUUUCAAUACAGUAGAAUGGAUUUGGGUUGAAACAUGGGAGUAAAUAUCAGUACCCAUAUUUUAAGUUAUAUUUAAGCAAAGUUGUCUUGAUUAAAUUCUGUAACUUUAUGUGUAUUUUUUAUAAUGGUUUAAGUAGGUACCUGCAUUCAGUAAUGUAACUGUUGCUUGUGCUAACUAUAGUUUCGGUUCAGCUAGGAACCAUCUUCAGGUCGUACAAGGUAUCGUUAUUUACCUCCGUGUAUGAAGGUCAAUAAAAG